ACCCUGAUCUUCUUCAUAUAUGGUCAUGGAAUCGCUACCACCACCGUCGCCCAAUAAGUUGCUAACCAGGCUUGAUGCCGCCGUGGCCAAUAGCAGAAUUGGGAAGCGCUUCAAACUCACCCAACGCAAUUCCUCCUUCAGCACUGAGUUCCGGGCUGGCACCGCCACAUUCCUCACCAUGGCCUACAUCUUAGCCGUCAACGCCUCCAUCCUCGCCGACUCAGGUGGCCCCUGCACAGUCUCCGAUUGCGUUCCCCUCUGUUCUGAUUCGUCGGUGCCAGUUUCCAACUGUACUGGACCAAAUCUUCAGGUGGUCCAACCCGAUGAAUCCUGCAAGUUCAAUCCCGUGAAUCCUGGCUAUACCAGCUGUUUAGACAAAGUUCGGAAAGACCUUAUAGUGGCCACCGCUGCUUCAUCGCUAAUUGGGUGUGUCAUCAUGGGUGCUUUCGCCAAUUUACCCUUGGCUCUGGCUCCGGGGAUGGGUACAAAUGCCUAUUUCGCCUAUACCGUUGUCGGGUUUCAUGGGUCGGGUAACAUUUCGUAUCAGAAUGCUCUGGCAGCUGUCUUCUUGGAAGGUUUGAUCUUUCUGUUAAUUUCAGCCGUCGGGUUCCGGGCCAAGUUGGCUAAGUUGGUUCCCAAACCGGUUCGGAUAAGCUCCUCCGCCGGAAUCGGGCUUUUCCUGGCGUUUAUUGGAUUACAGAAUAACCAGGGGAUCGGGUUAAUUGGGUACAGCUCAUCCACGCUGGUCACUCUGGGUGCCUGUCCGACCUCCUCCAGGGCGUCGCUGGCUCCAGUGGUAACGGCAGCCAACGGCACCGUUAGCCUGAUCCCUGGCGGAACCGUCUCCGACGAUCUCUUGUGUCUUAAUGGCAGAAUGGAAAGUCCAACGUUUUGGUUAGGUGUGGUGGGCUUUGUAAUAAUUGCGUAUUGCUUGGUGAAAAACAUCAAGGGUGCCAUGAUAUACGGUAUAGUAUUUGUGACGGCGGUGUCUUGGUUCCGUAACACAAAAGUGACCGUGUUUCCGAAUACAGAUACCGGUAACUCGGCUUAUGACUACUUUAAAAAGGUGGUUGACAUUCAUCUAAUACAGAGUACGGCUGGGGCGUUGAGUUUUAAAAGCAUCGGCAAAGCCUCCUUUUGGGAAGCCUUAGUCACGUUUUUAUACGUUGACAUUUUGGACACCACAGGCACUCUCUAUUCAAUGGCUUCAUUUGCUGGUUUUACAGACGAAAAGGGUGACUUUGAGGGUCAAUACUUUGCCUUCAUGUCCGAUGCCACGUCCAUUGUAGUGGGGUCCUUGCUCGGGACAUCGCCUGUGACGGCAUACAUCGAGUCAUCGACGGGUAUACGAGAAGGCGGUCGGACGGGGCUGACGGCGUUAACUGUGGCGGCAUACUUCUUCCUAGCGUUUUUCUUCACACCUUUGCUGGCGUCCAUACCUGCUUGGGCAGUGGGGCCUCCUCUUAUCUUGGUUGGGGUGCUGAUGAUGAGAGCAGUGGUGGAGAUAGAGUGGAAUGACAUGAGGCAGGCAAUCCCUGCUUUUGUGACACUCAUCUUGAUGCCUUUAACGUAUUCAAUUGCAUAUGGGCUGGUCGGCGGGAUAGGUACUUACAUUGUGCUGCACUUAUGGGACUGGGGAAAGGAGGCGUUGGUAAAGUUUGGUGUUAUAAAAAAGGGAGGAGCACAUUCGGCACAGCAACAGCAACGUGACGAUGGAGUAAAUGAGAAAGUUCAACUUGAUCAAGUGUAGGUCAGAAGCCAAAUAUAUGCUGCAUCUGUUUAAUUUGUUCUUAUUAGUUGUGACUUCCGAGGGAAUUAAUAUUCUAGUCUUCAAAUCAAUUUCUAGGGAAAUUAGAUACAAUCCCAUAAUAAAUGUAUGAAUUCUUGAAGAGGGAGAUGUAAAUAGGUUUAGGUACAUCUCAUAUGCGCCUGCCCAUAUUCAUCAUCUUAAUUUUAUACAUGUUCAUUGCCUGUAAAAAAAUCAGUUCUCUCCU